AUGGCUUGUGUUCUCAUACCGUUCCGACGGGAAAAAGCAAGAGCUGAUAAUUUUUUGAUCACAGCAUCUGUUUCGUUACUGAAUGUUGAAUUACGCAAGAAAAGGUGGUAAGGGACACGAUAAAGUAUUUUCUUUCUCUCUUUUCUCUUAGGAGUUUAGCCUUCGAAGCUGCUUGUCUCACUAGAGUCAGACUUUUUUUCACUUUUCUGCUGAGAAAAUGAUCCAAAUUUAGACUCUGACGAAGCAUACAAUUUCGAAAACAAUAUAAAUUUCACUAUGAUUAAUUGAAUUGAGGAAAAAAUUUGCGUUUUUAGAAUUUGGCUGAGUUUUAUUUCACUGUUGAAUACCGCGUGAGACUUAAGCAACAGAAACAAAGGGUCUUUCCCCAAACACAAUAUUGUUUGCCCUUUGAAGUUGCAAGACUCGGUGAAAAAACAAAUACUAAGCUAAUUCGUGUUUUUCACGGCAGUACUGUGAGAGAAAGUUCUUGAUAACGGUUAAUUAUUGACAACGAGGGGGAGGGAGGGGUUAGUUUUACUAGUUACCAGUCUUGGCAUAAAGACAUCAUGGCGGCCGCCUUGAAGAUACGAUAUACUUCUUUGCCUUUUGUCGUAUUCCAAAGUAACAAAAGAUGUAAGUGCAUCUCAGCCCUUGAAUCGUAAAAUGUCAAUCGCUUAUACAAGGAUAGAAACUGCACUGAACAGAAAUAUGGCUAACUAUGGCAACUUUUUUCACAUCAUGCUGACAUUCGUGUUUUGUUCCUUAAUUAGGUAUCCCCACAAGCUUGCAGUUUUUUGGAAAAAAAGGAAAGCGAAAUACAGUACAAAGGUAGUCAACUUAGACUUUGGAUCUCUUAUCUUUCUCUAUUAGCUCAUUAAACGUUAUUGAUUUCUUAAUCGUCAGUUUGAGUCGAAUAAAUAUUUCUUCCAAUUACUUUUUCUCUCAGCCGGUAGCGUGGUUUGGAGGUGUUGAAAAUGGUUAUCGUGGUGUUCAUUUUUGGCCUGAGCCUGAUCCAGUAGAUAGUAAACUUACUCUCCUCAAGGUAAGUUUCAAAUAAAGGCAACACGAGGUAGAAAUUUGGGGGCAAAUUGCCGUAAAGUGCCACAGCAUUCGGAAACGAAAUUGUGGUCCGAAAGACUUGCUUUCGUCAUUGUUUUCUUUAUCCAAGAGCUCUAUGCAUAAUGAACUAUGGGGAAGUGCAGAAAUCUUGGCCAACUCUUUGAAACCAUUGUUUUCGUAAACACGUUAUACCUACUUACUGAAGCCUUCCUUGCUUUUUUCUUAGGCUUGCUCCUUCCUCCGAUUCAAUUUGCGUUAAGUUUUAGGAAAUUUUGAAAUAAAAACAGUCCAUCUUUCGUUAGGAAGAAUUUUUUAAGCCACCAGGUUUUUAAUAUCGCUUAACUUCUUGCGUUGGAUUACUAUGUAAUAUUAUGCUAAUUUAUUAAUGUUAAAUCUAUUAUAACCUUCAUUGUAAAAGUUCAAAGUACAACAGCUGAAGAGAAAAAAAUAUUAUGAAAUGCUAUUGAAUCUUUUGAAACGUUUGAGGACAGAUGAUUAAAUUUAUAUUGUCAAAACCAUGACAUGAACUUUAUUUCACAUUAACGCUCCCUGGAGGUUAAAAGACACUGCACUGGCAAAAUUAAUAGGGACCUUAACCAGUCAGGAGAGUGAUGCCAAGGAAGACAAAUUGAUUAAAAAAUAAAUCUAUAUUUUUAUUUGGAAUUUCCUGAAUGGCCGCAUGAAUGUUUGUACUGUCUCUAACAGUGCCGCAUCUCAACCUCUGCAUAAUGUGUGUGAUUCACAUUGAGUUCCAUAUUGAAACUGAAAUAAUUUUCUGUCAGUGUUCCUGUACACAGACCACGCCAAAUUUGGUUACUUCAUGUUGUUGUUUGCCAAGGACAGCUUCAACAUACAAAAAGUUCUAAACGCUAGUGCUUAGCUAUUGUUCUGCUCAUUUGGUCUUUUGUUUUGUCACAUCUUUGUUUCCAUCAUUCUCAUGGUUUCUUCAAGGUCCCUAAUAUUGUUGUUAUCAAGUUUGUUUCUUUAUUUUAAAACAAUGUUCAUUUGUAUUUGUAGAACCCAGAGGAUAAAAUGACAGAAUAUCAAGAAAAGCAGUGGAAUAUUUACAUCUGUAAUGUAAGCUUUUCACUUUUCAACUUUACAUGAGCAUGUAGUUGCUCUUUGCGUUUGAUAUUAUUUUCACUCCACGCAGUUUGGAGUAAAUAUGAAAACUGUUCAUCUUCCUCUUGAUUCUUUGAAAUCAUUAGAUGUUCCCCAGUGGUCAUCACCAGCUUCUGGCCACUGGCUGUAUUGAUAUCAGCAAUUACAUUACAGAGAUGCCUGGAAAAGUGGAUGUUACUGUCACCCUUAAGCCAGCAAUCAGGAAAGUUGUUUCUGGUAAAAUUGAGUUUGAAUUAUCAUGGAUUAUCCAGGAAGAUGAUAGAGUCAUGCAGUGAGUAUUCUUCAGUAAUUUCCAUAGCUAGUUAUUGUAAUGAUCAUCCAGCUUAUGUUUGGCAAUUAAAAGUCAGUUACUAUGAUAAUGUUAUUUUAGAUCCAUGAAUUUGAUCAGUAAACUUUCAAAGUGAGAUAUUAUCAUUUUUGCUGCAUUAGCACGAGGGUCCACUAAUAUAUAAAAUAUAAAAGUUUACUUGCUCAAUGGUUUUUAUUCAUGCAAUUACUAUUUGUUUUGUCUAAAAGUAAUUGUAUUGUGAAAUUCCAUUAACUCUUUUGCAUUACCUUUACAGUCCCACAGAUGAAGAGAUAUGGGAAGAGAUAAUGCAGGAGGUCAGGGAGGAACAAGCAAAAAGAAAAGCUGAGGGAAAGACAGCAAAACAAAAAUCUUUGAAAAAAAGAAGGCGCAGGAAACGUGGCUGCUCAAGUAAUACAGACAUUGCCACUGAGGAAGACAGAAAGAAAGAUAAAAACAAUGAAGUUGGCUGCUCAAGUGGUACAAACAUUGCUGUUGGGGAAGAUAAAGAAACUAUUGAACAACAAGGUGGCAUCUUCUUAAAUGCUGAAGCUCAGGUGAAUCCCUCAUCUAGAAGCAAUACCAAAGUGGGGACAGGAAAAGUCAGGAGGCAGUCUUCACCUCAUCAUGCACAUCUUAGCCCUGCAUCACCCCAACCACACCCAUCUGCUAACCAGGGGAUGCCAUCAGAGAGUGAAGAGAGAAAAGGGGUGCAGAGUAAAAGGAACCUUCAUAAAACUGUCAGGUUUCAAAUUGAUGAACAGCCUGAGGUAUUACAUCUUGUUGUACAUGAUGAAGAAGCAAUGGACUCCUUGUCUGUGUUGUCCUCAGAAACUGCUUACAGAGAAACAGUUUUCAUCAAGGAAGAUGAAGUUGCAACAAAAGAGAAGUGCAUUCCCAAGGGAGAUGAAAAUUCAUGUAAGUUCUGUUUUGUUUUCCAGCCUCCCAUUCCAAAUGGAAAGGGGCUUAAAUUUGAUUACUUUUCUCCUGUUUGAUCUGAUUUAUUUUCAGUCAAUUUUAUUUUCAGUGUUAUGGAACCUUGAGCUAUAAGCACUAAAUAAAAAUCAUAACUUUAUAUUUUUUUAUUCUGAAUUACAACUAUUUUUGCUGAUUAUUGAUGUUAACUUUUUUGUUCAGCCUCAAGUGGAAGCCAGCUUCACUCAGAGUUGGCCAGUUAUAUUGAAGAGGAACUGAAGGUUGUUCAAGAUGAAUUAUUGUCUUUGGAAGAAGUCCGCUCAAAAGUAAAACUUGAAAUGCAGAAAGCCAUGUCAUCAGGUGGGUGAUCCAUUUCCAAAAUGAUAAAGUGGAAUACCUUGGAAUUUCAAAUCAUACAAUUAAUAUGUUGCAUUCACUUGCUGAGUCAAAUUUCAGAGCAGGCAUUCCUUCAUUAAAAAACUUAUGUUAAGUUCUUUUCCCCACUAAUGAGUUAUAAAUCUUUUGCUCCAGGAUCUUAUAGGUAAUUCUCUUUACUGUCUGCAGUACAAUUCUUAUGAUAUUAGAUCAGUAAAUUUGAUAUUGAAUGGAUUAAUAACAUCCUGCUUUAUAUUGUUUUGAUAUUGUAAGGAUAAAUUCUGUCUUGAUCAUUCUCAGGAGUGAAAGGGUUAAAAAUGUUAAAAAACAGCUAAUCCCCAGACUAGAGAUACUGCAAGUUUUUACACUUAUUUCAGGUGUUAUAAGCCAUGCUUAACUUACACAGCUUAUACAAUGUAUUUGUUUACUUUUUGUCUGUAGACCACAAAGAAGAGUUUGAAAGCUUAAACCAAGGCUGGCUUAUAUUGGAUAGCUUCCAUUCCAAAGUGUUGAAAAGAAAAGACGACCUUCUUGCCAUGUAAGUAAUAAAGACUUAUUUUAGAAACAAAAUAAACAUGUCCAUUAUGACCUAAAAUGUAGUCUUACAUUGUAAUCCAUGAUCCAAAAACUCUGCUCAGGUGCCUUUAUAUGUGGACCAACUGCCUUUGAUAUAGAUAAAUGAUCUAUAUAUCAUAUAUUGCUUAAUUAGUUCCUCUGGAUUCAUUUUUGUUAUUGUUAAUAAUAAAAAAUGUUAGCAAUGGAAUGACUAAUGUUUGAUUUACAGAUCGAGAAGUUCCACUGUUUGUCCUUGUUAUUAACUUGGGUUUUUCAGAGACUGUAGUGGUUCUGCUUAACUAAAGGUUGUAUUUAGCUUGAGGCAGAUUUGCUUGAUUUUCUGUUUUCCUUUUACCAAUAUAGUGACAAAGGAAAAAACAUUGAAAAUUGUCUUAACUUGCUGUGUUCAGAUUUAAGACGCCUUUCAGAAGUGGAAGGUAAGUAUUCAGUUGUUUCUCCUCCUUUUUCUCAGUUUAGUGUUAUUGGGACAGGUUUAGUGAGCCUUGAUUCUUAACCCUUUACACCCUAACAUCAUUCUGUAUAUAUAUAUAUAUAUAUAUAUAUAUAUAUACUCCAAACUGUUCUCUUUACAUUUCCUAAGGUGCUGCUAAGGUGAAUUUGUUUAACAACCUUGAGUUUCUUUACAUAGUGAUCAUUUCCUUUAUCCUUGUGAUAUUCUAAAGAGAAAUUAGAUGCUAUUCACUCUUCAGGGUCAAAGGCAAAGCCAAAAUGUAGAUGAAGGAAACAAGAUUUUGUAUUUUGAUUUUAGGCUGGGGGAAAACAGAUGAGAACAAAGCUCUUGAAAAAAGAGUUGCUGGACUCAUUGCUGCUAUUCACUAGCAGAGCUUUCAUGCCUAAAUAA